UGUGUGUGUGUGUGUGUGUGUGUGUGUGUGUGUGUGUGUGUGUGUGUGUGUGUGUGUGUGUGUGUGUGUGUGUGUGUGUGUGUGUGUGUGUGUGUGUGUGUGUACGCAUGUGCAUGCGUGGUGCCAGUGAGAAAAUUGUAGACAGCUAUCCCUCCAGAAAUAGGGAGGAAGGGCAAGAUUAAGAGGGGGGAGAAAAGGAAAGUGAGAACUUGGAGAGAAUAUUAAGGUACUGUGAACUGAGGAAGUCUUCAACUAGAGAGAGACAGAAAGAGAGACAGACAGAGAGAGAGACAGAGAGCGAGACAGAGACAGAGAGCAAGACAGAGACAGAGAGAGACAGAGAGAAACAGAGAGGGAGACAGAGAGAGAGAGAAAGAGAGAACAGAGAGAGAAAGAGAGAACAGAGAGAGAGAGAGAAAGACGGAGAGAAACAGAGAGACCGAGACAGAGAGAGACCGAGACAGAGAGAGAGAAAGAGAGAGAUGGAAUGCAGAAUUAACACAAACUAAAGGAGGCCCGGACGUUAAAUGACAGUUGUCUGGAGAAACUAGGAUUCCUGACUUCAUCACAGAUCAACCAUUCUGACAGCAACAACAUGGUUGGGUUAAGUGUAGUAGCGGUGGCUGGCUGUGUGUGUGAAUGUCUGUUCCCAUGGCGCAGCGGGAGACAGGCGGCACCAGCCCGGUGGUCCGGCAGAUAGACAAACAGUUCCUGGUCUGCAGCAUCUGUCUGGACCACUACCACAACCCUAAAGUCCUGCCCUGCCUGCACACCUUCUGUGAGAAAUCUUAGGUGUCGUUGGGCAGAUGUAGUCUUCGGGAUGAAAAGAGACAGGUGAUGAAAGGGAGGAGAGCGAGAAAUAGUUGUUUACAGAACUACAUCCCUCCAGAAUCUCUGACGUUGUCGUGUCCUGUGUGUCGACAGACGUCCAUCCUACCAGAGAAAGGAGUAUCCGCUCUACAGAACAACUUCUUCAUCACUAACCUCAUGGAGGUCCUCCAGAGGGAUCCAGAGUGUUCGAGGCUUGAAGCCUGUAGUGUCCUGGAGUCAGUUAAUGCUGCUGCAGGAAAACCCUUCUGCUGCCCCAACCACGAGGGCAAGGUGAUGGAGUUCUACUGCGAGUCGUGUGAGACCGCCAUGUGUCUGGAAUGUACAAAGGGAGAGCACAGAGAGCAUGUGACCGUCCCUCUGAGGGACGUCCUGGAGCAGCACAAAACCCAACUGAAGACACAGCUCGACGCCAUACGCAAUAGACUGCCCCAGCUAACAGCAGCUAUAGAGCUGGUAGGGGAGAUCUCCAAGCAGCUGACAGACAGGAAGAACGAGGCGGUGACAGAGAUCAGCAGUACCUUCGAGGAGCUGGAGAGGGCGCUACAGUUCAGGAAGACAGCCCUCAUCAAUGACCUGGAGAACAUAUACAGCGCAAAGCAGAAGGUGCUCCAGGCCCAGCUCUCCUCUCUCCUCCAGGGGAAGGACCACAUCCAGAGCAGUUGUAGUUUUACUGAACAGGCCCUGAGCCGCGGCAGUGCCACAGAGGUCCUGAUGGUGCAAAAACAGAUGAGUGAGCGGGUUUCUGCCAUGGCCCGUCAUGACUUCCCUGAAUGGCCUCACCAGAACGCACAUCUGGACUGUCAGGUGGAGACAGAGGGCCUGCGUCGCUCCCUCCAGAACCUGGGCGUUCUCAUUACUACGGCAGCUGUAGGCCACACCUCCGUCGCCACGGGAGAAGGACUACGCCACGCAGCAACCGGACAACAUGUCAGCGUCACCGUGACGACCAAAGACAAGGACGGCGAGCUGGUGCGGACAGGGAACGCAGCGCUGAGGGCCACUGUCACGCCGGUUGCCGACGGAAGCCGCGUGGUCACGGAACCGGAGGUGACAGACAACAAAAACGGGACCUACGAGGUGGGAUACACGCUACGGUCCGAGGGGGAGUUCUCCUUCGCUCUGUCCCUCUACGGCCAGCCGCUACGGGGCAGUCCCUUCCGGCUGCAGGCGGUCAAGCCCUCGGAUGCGUUGCCGUCUCCGGAUGACGUGAAGAGGAGGCUGAAGAGUCCUGGCGGGUCAGCGGGUCAUGUCAGACAGAAGGCUGUGAGGAGACCCUCCAGCAUGUUCAGCAUCAAAAAGAAGGAGAACCCCAUGGAGGAUGAACUCAUCCACAGAGUCGGUACUCGAGGGAGAGAGAAGGGCGAGUUCACCAACCUGCAGGGGAUCUCAGCCUCCAGCAACGGCAGAGUGGUGGUAGCAGACAGUAACAACCAGUGUAUACAGGUGUUCUCCAAUGACGGGCAAUUCAAAAUGAGGUUUGGGGUCAGAGGUCGAUCGCCGGGGCAACUGCAGAGACCCACUGGCGUUACCGUGGAUAUGAACGGUGACAUCAUCGUGGCCGACUACGACAACCGAUGGGUCAGCAUCUUCUCCUCCGAUGGGAAGUUCAAGAAUAAGAUCGGGGCGGGGCGUCUGUUGGGCCCUAAGGGCGUGGCAGUGGACAGGAACGGACACAUCAUCGCCGUGGACAACAAGGCGUGCUGCGUCUUCAUCUUCCAGUCUAACGGGAAGCUGGUCACCAAGUUCGGCGCCAGGGGGACGUCCGAGAGACAGUUUGCAGAAAAAAGUGGUGCCCAUUUAAAUAGAUCUGGCCCGGUGUUCAGUCCACACUUUGUUGCGGUGAACAACAAGAAUGAAAUAAUUGUCACAGAUUUCCACAAUCAUUCUGUGAAGGUGUACAGUGCGGACGGUGAGUUCCUGUUUAAGUUUGGUUCCCAUGGCGAGGGGAACGGCCAGUUCAAUGCCCCCACCGGAGUUGCCGUGGAUACCAAUGGGAACGUCAUCGUGGCCGACUGGGGCAACAGCCGCAUACAGGUAUUUGACAGCGCUGGUUCCUUCCUGUCCUAUAUCAACACAUCAGCUGACCCUCUCUACGGCCCCCAGGGUCUGACCCUCACCUCUGAUGGGCACGUGGCCGUAGCCGAUUCUGGAAACCACUGCUUCAAGAUCUACCGCUACCUACAAUGAUAGAGAGAUGGAAGGAAGGAUCGGGAGAGAGGGAGAGAGAGAGAGAGAGAGAGAGAGAGAGAGAGAGAGAGAGAGAGAGAGAGAGAGAGAGAGAGAG